AUGUCCAUCAAACUGGGUCAAGUCAGGUUGUUGAUCACUUACCACGGUUGCCGCGAAUUGUACAAGCUCCGGUUGGAACCGUCCACUUCCGAUCCGCCGUCCUACGACGACGGUCCCGAGACCCGCGACACGACUCUAGCGUCGCUGUCCCCGAUCAUCGGUACGCUGGCCGUCCUCGGGCGGAAGCCGUGCCGGAUGGUCUUACUGGGCACGGACCGCCGGCGGACGGACGUCGUCGGCGAGAGUUUCGGGGACGGGGGGACUACCUUGUACUUCCGGUUGGAGAACACCAACGACAUAUGGUCGUGGAAGGUGUUCAGCAGUAAGAAAAAGCUGACCGGAUUGCAUAUGUACAUAGACGAACGCGACUUCCGGUUGGUCCGGGUCGGCCGGACGUGUCGCGUGCCAGUCGCGGUUUCGGUGGCACCGGCUGCCGUCGGGAAUGGCUGCGCCGGUGACGUGGACCGGGAUCCCGAGGCUGUCGAGAAGUCGGCCCCGAAAAAACCGAUCCGGCAAAUCGUGUGGAUGCUAGAGACGAACUUCGUCGAUCACUUCGCGGGCACUGCGGACAAGAUGGGCGCCAACGCCAAGCUGCAACCCCUCGGAGCUUCGAUGAACGACUUGAAUGCCGCCCGACCUUUGAGUUUCGACGCUUCGAUGCAAACUUUUCCGCUGCGAAGUCAGCCGGCCAACGGCCUCCGACCCCACCGAAAUUGCGCUUUAAGGCGACGACGACGAAGAGAGUCGUCUAAACGUUGUAGGGGCCACACCGGCUAA